CUUCGGGCAAGGAGGCAGUGUUUUUGUGCUUCGCAAAGUGAGAAGUUCUCUUUAAAAAGAUUUUUGCAAAGUAUUGCGCACUUCUGCAAUUAUGUUAACUGAAUCUGUUCUUGAGACUUUUCAUAAUCGGCCAAGCAACAUGAAUAAGCUGUGCCGUCAAGUUUCUAUCGAGUCUCCUGGACCAAUCAUCAAAGACUGCGUCUUCAGUUUCGAAGUACCAGUGCCUGAUGUCCCAGCCACAGGGGCUAGAAUCCGCGUGGUUUGUGCAGGGGCCUGCUACAGAAUGAGGAACAGGUCUCCGUCAGCUUCCAGCAUAUCCUCUGUAUCUAGUGUCCAGUCCACGGAGGACUCCGGAUACAGCCCAGCCCAUCACGGUAUGAGAGAUGGUGCUUUGUUUCCGGGAUAUGAGGUAGCUGGCGUAAUAGACGAGUUGGGAUCUGACGUUACUCCUUCGGAGGAUAUAGCCGUUGGAAAACGUGUGGUUUUAUACCCAUAUGACGGAAUACCUCAUGGCUAUGCUGAGUUUAUUAUUGUACCAGAUUUGUCAUAUCUUGUACCCAUACCUGAUAACUUGUCCUUGGGUGUUGCGGCUAUGCUUCCAAGUGGCGCUUUGUUAGCCAAAAGUGCAGUUACAACUGCUCAGGCCCAUGUUGUAGAGUUAUUGAAAGAACGCGCUGCCGAUCAUAUUGUAAGGAUUCUGAUUGUUGGUACUGGUGGACUUGCUCUUUGGGCUUUGAGAAUUGCCGAACAUCAUUUCAAAAUCCCUGAAUAUCAGCAUAGGGUCAAGAUUACAGUUGCUACACUAAAGGACGAAGGUUUUAUGUUAGCUGCUGGUGAACUUAAAAACGUCAAUAUAGUUCAGUGGAAUGAGGAUCUAUAUGAAAAACAGCUGAUAGAAAGAACUAAAGAUGCCUGCAGUGGCUUGGUAGAUAUUGUCAUCGACUUUGGUACUACCUCAAGAUCUCUACAUAGAUCUUUACAAUGCCUAAAUUCUGGUGGCGUAGUGUUAGUUAGCGAAGAGGUAGCAGAACGGCUACUACCUAAAUUUUCAAGGCUAAUACACGAGAGAAACCAAAAAAUUGAAGCUGUUGCGCCAGGAUCUAUAGGUCAACUAAGGCAACUUGUUGAAAAUGUAGCCUCUGGUGAAAUUAAACCGCCGCCACAUACAGAAUUUUCAGCCGACGAAGCCCCUACUGUCAUACAGAAACUUUGUCAUUCAGAAAUACCUGGCAGAGCUAUAUUACGUUUUCAUGAUAUCCAAUAAUUGUUUGUAUCACAUAAGAUGUUGUGACUCGAGGUCUUGGCAGUCACAAUUUAUUUUGCUCUCCAUUUUUUUAUGAAUGAUCUUUGUUUUUCACCAAAUAUAUUUUUGUGAUUGUAUUAUUAGAGUUAGGUUACUUGUAAGUAUUGUAUUUAUGUGUAUAAAUGUACACCCUUAUGAAGGGCAUUUACUCCAUACACAUUGCCAUGUGAUAAGCUUUUAUUUAAAUUAGUUAACUUUUGUAUUAACAUCUAGAUCUUAAUUUUGUUAUUUGUCCAUUUUUAUUCUUUUGUAUAUGUAAAUACAAAUAUAUUAUUUAAUAAAAUUUAUGUUUUA